AUGGAUGAACAACUUGAAGAUUUCUUAAAUACUUUUCGAACUCCAUUUUGGCUCGACGAUCAUCAAUGGUUUGUUCGAUGCGAUUGGCCACAACAUACAAAUAAAGUAUUUAUUCUCUACACUUUACCCUAUUGUUUUAGUGACACUUAUGUUAUUUAUCAAAAUCGAUGGUCAAAAGCGACGUGUCCUAAUGCUCACGAUUAUGACUCCUAUAAUCGAGUAACAAACGUAUUUUAUAAAGGACGUGUAGAUAAUUUAGCUUUAUAUCCUAGAUGUUACCCAAAUAUUCGUCGUUUGACAUUGAAACUUCCUUUUGAUAAUAAUUUUUUGACUAUUAUUCCAACAUUGGAUCAUUUGACUUCAUUGAACGUAAUUGAAACACGAGAUAAUAGUCGAUCAAAAUCUCAACUAAAAGCUUUACUCGAUCGAGCGCCUCGUCUAGCUUUUUUAAGUGUUGAUGUGAUAUCAUUUUUACAAUGGGCACAAUCGAAUAUCACUCAUGCAUCUCUUCGUCGACUGUAUCUAAAACAUUAUCGCGAUAGAAUGAAUCAUUAUAUGAAUGCUACACAAUGUUCUAUAUUGGCUGAUUCAUUAGUCGGACGCCAAUGUGAAGUUCUUGCUAUUCGUAUUGAAAGCCGAACAAUUAUUCUUGAUCUUAUACAUAAGAUGUGCAAUCUUCGUGCAUUGAAUUGCGAAUGUAAAGAUGAUAAUUGGAUCAAUAAUUCAUUAUUAUGUCCUAAAGAUGAACUUGUAGAAUGGUUGCGAAAUUCUUUACCAGAAACGUAUUACAUUAGUCGGCAUGAACCUCGUCUCGUACGAUUGUGGAUUAAUAAUUAA